UUCUUUGGGACCUGGGUGUGGAUCCUCGUCGCUGCGACCUCUGUCUCCUUCCCGCUGCUGCAGGGAUGGGUGAUGUACGUGUCCCUCACCUCCUCCCUCAUCUCCCUGCUGCUGCUCUUGAGCUACCUCUUUGGCUUACACAGAAACAGCGAGAACUGGAAAGUGCUGGACAGUCUGUACCACGGUGCCACGGCCAUUCUGUACCUGAGCGCUGCUGUCCUGCAAGCCAACGCCACCAUCCGCUCUGAGUCUGGCCCCAACUCACCCCUUUACUACCAUCUCAACAGUGCUGCAUCGUUAUUCGCCUUCAUCACAACCUUCCUGUACAUCCUCCACGCCUUCAGCAUCUACUACCAGUGA